AAUUUUGUGUGCAAAUGAUAAGAAUUUAAUAAAUAUUAACCUAGAUCAGUUAUAUUGAAAAAAAUUUUGUUAAAAAAAUUAAUAAAAAAAAAUGUCUUCUAUUAAUAAAGAUAUUAAUACUAAUGAAUCUCAAGUGCAAAAAUCGAUAGUGAUCGCACCGCGCCUUUCCGUACAAAGCAAUGGAAAUGGUUGCUUAGAUACGGAAAAAAAAUUUCUCUAUGAAGAUGUCUUAGAUUUAAUUGGUUUUGGUAAAACUCAAUGGAUUGUACUUUUAACUUGUGGUCUUCUUUUAAUGAUGGUCAUUAAUGAGACAAUGGGUAUGAGUAUUAUUACCAUUGCUUCACAAUGUGAUUUUGAUUCGUCUUCCAUGGAUAAGGCGAUCGUGAGUGCUGCUGCUUUUAUAGGUAUUUUAUGCUCUUCAUACUUUUGGGGUUAUCUAUGUGAUACGUAUGGCCGGAAACCGAUUUUAAUGUACACUACUUUAAUGGGCAAUCUGGUGUCAUUCAUAUCCAUAUUUAUAGCAAACUUUUGGUUUUAUGUCUUUUUAAGAUUUGUGGUGGGAAUAUUUAUUGCUGGUGCUUCCUCCACUACGUAUGCCUUUUUGGGAGAAUUCUUUAUAGCCCGCCAUAGACCGGUUGUCAUUAAUUAUGCCAGCAUGUUUGUGAGUUUGUCCAUGACCUAUGUUCCAACCGUGGCCUGGCUUGUCUUGUACAUGAAUUGGUCUUUUGAAAUAACAGAUUCCUUUGUUUUUCGUCCUUGGCGUUUGUUGACCAUAUUUUACUUAUUACCGGGUUUUAUAGCGGUUCUAAUAUUAUCUACAUUACCCGAUAGUCCCAAGAUUUUAAUGUCUAUGGGUAAAUAUGAUGAAUCUUAUGAGGCGGUUAAUUGGAUUGCUAAACGAAAUACUGGCAAAUGUUUGCAAGAUUUUAAGGUUUUCAAAUUAUUGGACGAAACAGCAACGGAGGGCGAUAAGAUAUUGCUUACCUCGAAAUCACCAUCUCAAGUUUUGAAACAAAUGUGGCGGGAAACGAAACCAUUGUUUAGAAAGCCUCAUGUUACGAAUUUCCUUAUAUCGUGUACUAUCAUGUGCGGAGUAUUUUUCUGCAAUUCCGGCAUGGGUCUGUGGUAUCCAGAAAUACAAAAUCGUUUAGGCAGCUAUACAGAUGAAAAUAAAAUGACUAUAUGCCAAGUGAUUGAUGCUUUUAUCGAUCAGCAAAAUCAAAAUGAAACAGAAAAGAUCUGUGACGAUACUAUCAACACUAAAAGUUAUAUAGAUUCCAUAACUUUUGGUGUAGCCUACAUAGGGGCCUACGUUAUAUUGGGAAUGAUAAUUAAUCCUCUAGGACGUAAAGUAACCAUAAUGGGUCUCUUAACUAUUUCGGCAAUAUGUGGUAUAACAUUACAUUGGCUUUUGGAACCUAUCGCCAUUGUGGUGUGCUUUAUAUUGUUUUUGGUUCUACCCGGUUUAUGUAUAUCGAUAUUAAGUGGAGCAGUGGUUGAUUUGGUGCCCACACAUUUAAGGGGCAAAGCUGUGUGUAUUUGUCUAAUGUUGGGUCGCUCGGGUAGUGUUAUAGGUAGUAAUAUUAUUGGCAGUUUAUUGGAAAGCUACUGUAGUAUAACAUUUGGUGUUUUCUAUGGUUUAAUACUAGUGUGUUGCUUGUUAACAUUUACGCUGCCCAUUUAAUAAGUAUGUUAUGGAACUUUUAUAAAAAUCUCAUUAGUUUAGGAUUUGUAUUAAAUUUAAGCACAUUUUUUUGUAUGUAUUUUUGUACUGAGUAGAUAUUUAUAAAAAUGAAUUUAAUUCUCUUUAUAAAACAAGAGAAUAGUACAAAAUUGUUCUUUUAGUUUAUAAGCUACAGCCAUAUCGGAAUCAAUUUAAGUUAUAAAUUGGAAUCGCAAUAUAUGCACCAGACACUUAGUGUGUAAUGAUUACAUAAAGUAUUUUAGUACAUCAAUUACAAGUAAUUGUAAUUGUUUAAGCUUCAAUUACAGUUACUUCAAAAAUGAUUGUAAUUGUAAUCAUUGCUCCCAUUUCAAUGUAGAAUUUGAUAAGUUAAGUUUAUUUGAACUUUAAUUGUUUUAAAAUUCAAGAAUUUCUUUUGGUAUUUAAAGCUGUGACGUUAUAUUUUAUUUGGCGCUAUUGUUUGAAGACUUUUUGUUUAUUUAAUUGCAUCAGAUGUUUUUUUUCAAAUACGGACGAAUUUUUAAUUGAAAUAAACAUUAACAGUACAUCGGGAAUUGUAUCCAUUUGUAUAUGUUAAUUCCUAAAUUACCAGAUAAAAUUUAGAUAAAUACCUGUUCUGCGCUUCUUCUGAUAAUUAAAACAGAUUAUAUAUUUAUCCCAGCACAUUUAUCAUUAUUUCAAAAGUAGCAACUAUGGAAGUGCUGUUUAAUGACCUCCAAAGAAGCGAAAAUAAUUAUAUGU